AUGCUAGGAUACACCACGCCGUACGAGAAGCUCAACUCGACCGAGAACGUGAGCAUCGAAGACCCCCAUAUCCAGACCCGGCCAUACUCCCGGCGUCCCUCGAUAGCAACCUGCCUCCUCGCCCUCACCACCGUCCUCUUCGGCGCUCAGUCCCUCUACCUGUGGUCUCGUCCCGCGCCCACAUGCAGCAGAUACCCUUUUGACGCAGGAUACCCGACUGAAUGGGGACCCGCCGUGGAGUCAAUCAAGCUGGAAAAAACCACCUUCACCAGCCCGCUGCGCUACAACACCACCUCGAGCCAGCUGUAUCGUGACUUCGACGCCUCCCAGCCGCAAUACAUCGGCGCGCCGUCGCCGGAAAUAGACGCUGCGUGGGAGAGUCUCCUAGGAGGUCAAUUCCUGGUACUCAGCGACGACGAAGCCACGGAACUCGAUGACCCGGUGUCUAUCGAGGGCCGUUGGGUUGGAGAGGUGGAGGUGAUGCACUCGCUGCACUGCCUGAAUACGUUGCGCAAGGCGCUGUCGCCGGAGUAUUACGGGGGCGCGUCACAUUUGGGGCCGGCGCACGCGCGCUCGCGCCUGUCGGUGCAUCUCGGUCCGGCAGAGUCUUCAGUGCGCGGGCGAUCUGACGCCCGUCGUGCUGAGGCCGUUGGGGGAAGACUCGCGGGGCGCGGUCGUGGGGACCCCGAUGGUGCAUACGUGUCGGAGCUGGGAGGCGUUGAGGACGUGGUAUACCCAGCGGGGGGAGAGACAUGGGAAGGUGGGUUAGGGGGGGUAUUGAGUCCGACAGAGAGCAAGUUGUUUCUGGGUGUCUGGGGAGAGACGAAGACUUGA